AUGCCGAUGAAGCGCAGCAACGAGAGUUCAGGCAGAGAUGGAGUGUUUCUGAUUCACUCUUUAACCAAGAAUUUGUGCAGCUCACCAGAGGAAACACUCACAGAUUUUAAUGGACAGACACAUUUUCCUCAGGAAGAUGAUUCUGGGAUUAAAUCAGCUGAGGACAGUAAUGAGACGCCGUCCUCUGAAGAAGACCAGGACCUGGUGGACUUCAACCCAGACCUGACCAUCAAACAGAGCAUCUCCUCCUCCAGGAAGACCAUCAGUCAGAUCAUCAAAGACAAGAAGAAACAGACACAGCUCACUCUGCAGUGGCUGGAGGAGAAUUACAUCGUGUGUGAGGGAGUGUGUUUGCCUCGAUGUAUCCUCUAUGCCCAUUAUCUGGACUUCUGCAGGAAAGAGAAACUGGAGCCGGCCUGUGCUGCAACAUUUGGAAAGACGAUCCGACAGAAGUUUCCUCUUCUAACAACAAGAAGACUGGGCACCAGAGGACACUCCAAAUAUCAUUACUAUGGAAUCGGCAUCAAAGAGAGCAGUGCUUACUAUCACUCUGUGUAUUCUGGAAAAGGUUUGACCAGGUUUUCAGGGAGCAAGCUCAAGAAUGAGGGAGGUUUCACCAGGAAAUACUCUCUGAGCUCUAAAACUGGAACUUUGCUGCCAGAUUUCCCCAACGCUCAGCAUCUUCUGCUGCAGGGAAACAUCUCCAGAGAAAAGGUGGACACUCUGAUCAUGAUGUAUAAAACACACUGCCAGUGCAUCCUGGACAACGCCAUUAAUGUCAACUUUGAGGAGAUCCAGAAUUUUCUGCUCCACUUCUGGCAGGGAAUGCCCGACCACCUGCUGCCGCUGCUGGAAAACCCUGUUAUAGUCGACAUCUUCUGUGUCUGCGACUCCAUUCUCUAUAAGGUUUUAACAGAUGUUCUGAUUCCUGCUACAAUGCAGGAGAUGCCUGAAAGUCUUUUGGCCGAUAUCAGAAAUUUUGCCAAGCACUGGGAGCACUGGCUGGCCUCCUCCCUGGAAAACCUUCCAGAAUGUCUUGCAGCAAAGAAACUCCCCAUUGCACGCCGCUUUGUCUCCUCCCUGAAGAGACAGACGUCUUUCUUACACCUGGCACAGAUAGCCCGUCCGGCGCUGUUUGACCAGGCUGUGGUGACCAGCAUGGUGCUUGAUAUCGAUAACGUGGAUCUCAGCAGCAUCAGCUCGCAGCCUCUGCUCAGCAUAAACGCUGGAGACCAGGACCCAGACAUCUACUCUGAGUAUGACUCCAUCACCGUCUUUCAGGAGCUGAAGGAGCUGCUGAGGAAGAACGCCACAGUGGAGUCCUUCAUCGAGUGGCUGGACUCUGUCGUGGAGCAUAAAGUCAUCAAGCCCGGGAAGCAGAGCGGUCGAUCAGUGAAGAAGCGAGCUCAGGAUUUCCUGCUCAGGUGGAGUUUCUUUGGUGCCAGAGUGAUGCACAACCUCACACUCAACAACGCCUCCAGCUUUGGUUCCUUCCAUCUGAUCAGGAUGCUGUUGGACGAGUACAUCCUGCUGGCUCUGGAGACUCAGUUUAACAAUGACAAGGAGCAGGACCUGCGGAACCUGCUGGACAAAUACAUGAAAAAUGCAGGUGCCAGUAAAGCAGCGUUCAUGGCUUCACCUAGUUCCUGCUUUCUUGCUAAUCGCAACAAGGCCAAUGCUGCUGUUGACCAGUCGGUGAAGAAUGAGUCUCUGGGAGAGCACACCUAUAUGUCUCUGUCCGCCAAUCAGCAGCAAAGUCUGGAGACAAGCGCGGUCGUCUACCAGGUGACGGAUGCUCCAGGUUUCACAGUUUCAGGUGGUCAGAUGGACCUCUCCCAGGUCAGCGGGCCCCUCAUGACGCCCCCCAUCUCUCCAGCGACAUUGGUGCACAGAGGCUCCGUCAUCAACCAGGGGCCCAUGGCGGGGAGGCCUCUGACGUCUUCCUCUUCCUCCUCCACCUGCUCCUCCUCCUCUUCCUCGUGCCUCUCCUCUCUGAGUUCAAUGACCCAGCCCAGCCCCUGCUCUUCCUACCCAGAGACCCUGUACCACUGCUUACCUCAGACCAGCCCUGGUUACUUCCCUCCAACCAGCAGCUCCUCAACCUCCAACUACCAGCCUGCACUCAGACCUCAGACCCAGAAUCAGUGCCUGGCUUCAGUUCAGUCUCAGACUUUGUCCCUGGCCUACCACCUGUCUCGAUACCCCUCCUUUAAUGACCAGCAGCUGAGUAAAGACUUGUUCUACAAUCAUCCUCCUCCAUCAGCCCAUCACUCAUCCAGCAGCACAAACUGCUCCCUGACUCCUUAUGGUUCUGCGGCCCGACCCACAUCCAGCUAUAGUUCAGGUUCAGAUCCAGUUCAGACCGAACAGGGGCUGGAUGCUCAGAGCGCAGCCCAGAUUCUGGACUCCGCUGAGGGGUUCGGCUUUGUGGGGGCUGGACUGAACCCCUCGAGUGGUGGGUGUCAGGGACAGACGUACUCUGCCCCGGGACACAGUGGCUACUAUGGCAACAGCAGUUACCUGGACAGCCAGAGGAUGACAUCACUUGUUGACCAGCACGUGUCCGUCAUCAGCAGCGUCAGCAGUCUGCGUCCCUUCCCUUCGACGUACUCUGAAGUCCACGAUCCGCUCAACAUCCUGGACGAACCGGGAAGGAAAACAACGGGAGCCUAUUUCACGGAGGCAGAAAGUGGAGCAGGUCAUCAUUCCCUCCCCUCGUCAGGAUCUGCUCCCUGCAUGUUUGGCGUUCCCUCUCCGUUCCCCUCGCAGGAAACACUGUUGUCUCAGCAGCGUGUGACGUCAUCUUCAGACGUGCAGGACCUGGUGUCCUCGCUGCCUCCCAUCAAUACUGUCUUCAUGGGCUCAGGAGGAGUACAGUGA